AUGGGAUCAAAGAGCCCUGAAGGGCACAACCAAGCUCCUCAUGGAGCCCCCAACGCGCUCGACAAGCCAGCGAACCCAGCCGUCAAAGCCCAGAAUGGCUCCGGAUCUGCCGACUUGGAUCGCGGAACCAUCAGCAACGAUGACGAUGACGCCGACGAUGACGAGAAGGAAACCCAGAUAAACGGUUCUUCCAACGCUGGUAGGAUCUACCUCUUCCCAUCCCGGCCGGCGAAAUUUCAGCAUCGCCCCACUGACACCCCGUCUACUCCAGAAAAAAAGAAAAAGAAACGUAAGAGAUCCAAGAAGAAGGCCAAACCCACCGAGGCCAAGCAAACGAGCCCACCGCGCGUUCCGCUCUCGACUCUCUUCCCCUCCGGAUACCCGGUCGGCGAGCUCGUCGCCGACGAUCGCACGUCCCGCGUCACCGACGAGGAAACGCGCUACAACUCGCGUCUCUGGGACGAUGGCUUCCUCGCGGACUACCGCCAGGCCGCCGAGAUCCACCGCCAGGUCCGCCAAUAUGCGCAGCGCGAGCUGAUCAAGCCCGGCGCAACUUUGUCCUCGAUUGCGGAUGGCAUCGAGGAUGGGGUGCGCGCGCUGUCUGGCCACCAGGGCCUUGAGACCGGGGAUGGGCUGAACGCGGGCAUGGGCUUUCCGACCGGGCUGUGUGUGAACCACGUUGCGGCGCACUGGACGCCGAACCCCGGUGCGAAGGAAGUGGUUCUGGAGAAGAGCGAUGUGCUCAAGGUGGACUUUGGAGUUCAUGUCAACGGUCGCAUUGUCGAUUCAGCCUUCACGGUUGCCUUUGACCCGGUGUAUGAUAACUUGCUGGAGGCUGUGAAGGAGGCUACGAAUACGGGUAUUGCGCAUGCUGGUAUUGACGCCAGAGUGAGUGACAUUGGCGCCGCUAUCCAAGAAGUGAUGGAGAGCUACGAGCUCGAGAUUGCGGGAAAGUCGGUCCCUGUCAAAGCGAUCCGGAACAUCACUGGCCACAACAUCCUUCGAUACCAUAUCCACGGCGGCAAACAGGUGCCCUUUAUCAAGAACAAUAGGCGGGACAAGAUGGAGGAGGGAGAGGUAUUUGCCAUUGAGACGUUCGGAAGUACCGGCAAGGGGUAUCUUGACGACGACUUUGGAAUCUACGGCUACGGCAGAAAUGAACAUGUGCCCGCCACUGGCCUGCGUCUUGCCUCUGCAAGGUCUCUGGUCAAGACUAUCGACGCCAAUUUCGGGAGCCUAGUCUUCUCUCGUCGCUAUUUGGAGCGCCUUGGAGUGAAGAGCUAUCAUCUUGCGAUGAAAAAUUUGAUUGACAAUGGUAUUGUCGAAUCUUAUGCGCCGCUUGUGGAUGUCAAGGGCUCGUACACGGCGCAGUUCGAACAUACCAUCCUCCUCCACAGUGGAGGAAAAGAAGUCAUUAGUCGCGGUGACGACUACUAG